CGUUCACGUUUCGUAACUUCUUUGAUGGGAAGAAGUAUAUAAAGGGAAUAAAGUGGUAUUGGUCCCCAAGCCGAGACUUUCAUGAAACUACACCAUCGCAGAGAGGUCUUGAAGGCUUGGAAGCACCAAACACAAUUCGAAAUUCUGCAGUUCAAACGACAAUGGCUGGAGUUAUUCAACCAAUUAAUUUCUCUGAUAUGAAAUGCGAUGUUCCUGAACUUAAGGGUGACAACUAUAAGGCUUGGAAGGAAAGGAUUCUCCUUCACUUAGGGUGGAUGGACAUUGACUAUGCUAUUAGGAAAGACGAACCACCUAAAAUUACUGAAACCAGCAUUCCAGACCAAGUUGAUCUUUAUGAAAAAUGGGAGCGAUCUAAUCGCCUUUCAGUCAUGUUCAUAAAGACCAAAAUAUCUGCUGGAAUUAGGGGUUCUGUCGAGCAAUACGACAAUGUUCGAGAAUUGCUGAAGGCAAUUGAUGAUCAAUUUGUGACAUCAGACAAGGCAUUAGCAAGCACCCUAAUUAUGUAG